GUCCGUGAUGGUAUGUGAACUCGAUCGGGCAUGAUGGGCAACAAAAUCGUAAGGCAAAACAUGGAGAAAACAUAUCGCAUUCAUUUUGAAGGGCAAGAAAAAAUGCUUAGGAUUUCAGAAAAAGCCUCCUUACGGGAGGAGGUGAAGCGAGCUUUCAACAUACCCAAGGAAAAAGAGAUUCAUCUUCAGGUCAAGGACCGUUCGGAGGCAGACGAGAAGACUAUGAUCUGUGGACCUGGUGAGCUUCCAGAUGGCCCUGCAGAACUCCUGGUGAUUACAGUUGCUUACAAGUCGCACUUUUCGCAAAGCGCAUCCCUUCCUGCUCCACCUAUUCAAAGAGAGACUGAUUAUGGGACUGCAUUGCGACAUCUAAGAGACGACUUCAAGAUGGGAAAUACCCUCGUAGACAUGGACAAAUUCCUGGAUGAAUUGUCAAAGAAGGAUCUCAUUACAAUGGCAGAGGAAAAGGAAUUGAAAAAGGUUAAGGAAUAUCGUAAAAAGAUUGAUGAAACUUUUUUCAUCCUGCUCAAUAAAAAUCCUCAACCAACCUAUCGGAGUGUUCUGUGCAUUCUGGAAGAAAUGGGAAGGGAAGAUCUCAAGGAGAAGCAUCAGACGAAGCUCAAGAGGACGAUUGGGAAGGAUGAUGAAUUCAAGGACGUACCAAGCAGGAUUGAGAGUGCUCAAGCAGCCGAAAUGGUCCCUGCAGAAUAUCCAGAGAAGGAGGGCUCCAAGAAUGCCCAGUGA